UGGCUGGCUUUGUCUGCCACAGGUGGAAAUUUAUGGUCUGAUUUUUCUGUAUCUAUUUUUCUGCAGUGCUGAAUAGUUACAGGCAGGAUCAUAAAAUCUUAAUCAAGUGAAAAUGGCCUUUAGCAAUCUGACAUCAAAGGCUGUGCUACUGUAUGAUGAAUGGAUUAAAGAUGCCGAUCCAAGGCUGGAAGGAUGGCCACUCAUGUCUUCACCUUUUCCAACAACCUUUAUCAUUGUAACCUACAUUUAUUUUGUCACUUCUUUGGGACCCAGAAUCAUGGAAAAUAAAAAGCCUUUUGAACUCAGGCAGAUAAUGGCAUUUUAUAAUUUUAGUGUGGUGGCCCUCUCUCUAUAUAUGACUUAUGAAUUUCUUAUGUCGGGUUGGGCCACAGGGUACUCAUUUCGAUGUGAUAUUGUUGACUACUCGAGGUCACCUACAGCUCUGAGAAUGGUACGAACUUGCUGGCUUUACUACUUUUCCAAGUUCAUUGAAUUAUUGGACACUAUUUUUUUUGUGCUGCGUAAGAAAAACAACCAAGUUACAUUCCUGCAUGUCUUUCAUCAUUCCAUCAUGCCAUGGACCUGGUGGUUUGGAGUCAAAUUUGCUGCAGGUGGUUUGGGAACAUUUCAUGCACUGCUAAACUGUAUUGUCCAUGUUGUCAUGUACACGUAUUAUGGAAUCUGUUCUUUGGGACCAGCCUAUUAUAAAUAUUUGUGGUGGAAAAAAUACAUGACCACUAUGCAACUUGUCCAGUUUGUUUUGAUUACAGGCCAUAUUGCACAAAUCUACUUCAUGGAUGAUUGUCCAUACCAGUAUCCAAUUUUCAUGUUUAUUAUCUGGGUGUAUGGCUCUUUGUUUUUGGUCUUGUUUCUCCACUUCUGGUACCACGCUUACACAAAGGGAAAACGACUACCAAAAAUGGCGAAAAAUGGGAUCAGCAAAGAUCAGUGAAACACACUCUCAUCUCUAACAUCAAGAAAGUGUAUUCGUCAAAGUAGAAACUGCUUGACAAUCGAGAUACUUAGGUGCACACACUACAUGGUGUAUAUUUUGUAUGUUUUCGUCCAAAACAGAAUUUGUAUUUUUACCAUAAGUUAUUUGGGAUUCAGAAUUUGGGGGAUGAGGAAAGCAGUGAGGAUCUCU